UUUUCCUCUUCAUCCACGACGACCCUAAAUUCACUUGUUCAUAACUUCUACGAUAACCAUCUUAAUCCUCUCAAAUUCACCAAUUUCUCGCUAAAUCAAAAGAUAACCAAUUUAUCCUCAACUCCCUUAGAUCUCUCUUUAUCUCACAGAUCAUUCUAUCACACAUACAUAUACUUACCAAAAUCACAGUUAUUCCUUAAAUUACCCAAGAACCCUCUAUAUUCCAAAUUCUUGGUAUCCAUCCUAUUCUCCCCAGUCUGUAUUUCCCUCUUAAUUCAAUAUCCUUCGUAUUUUUCCGCUUUAUCCAAUAUUGUUUUGAAAACCAAAACCACCCUCUCCCCCGAUAUCUCUCCUAAUCCUCUCAUUUAUCCCUCUAAUUCCCUCAGUUUUAAAUUUUCUAACAGCCCUACUAAUCUUCAAAUCUGCAAUUUCAUUGAAAAUUUCCGAUCUCUAUAUCACCUUUAAACACUACUAAUGAAAAGAUCCCUUAAUUUCUUUUAAUCUACUCUAACCCUCAAAUUCCCGAUAUCGCCCUUAAUUCUCAGAAAUUUAUAUCUCAUAACUCCGCCUCUUAAUCAACGAAAAGCAAAACAAACUAUUCAGCUUUAAAAUCCUUGAUAUUACUCUUUUUUAACCAAAAAUCCGAUAAUACUCUUUAUCCCAAAAGCCCCCUAUCACCGCUACAUAACACUCGAUAUUCCUCACGUUAUUCCAAAUCUAUAUCUCUUAAUCCUCAUAUUCCCUAAUAGACAACAAAAUAACAUUUCAUCACUUGAAUUAUAACCUAAUAUAGAAUCUUAAUAUUUUUUCUCUAAAUGCCCCGUUCGCUUUUUUUCACACAAAAGGCACAUUUUAUCCAGAAUCAAACCGAUAUCUACCCUAAUCAUAACAUAACCCUGCUUAAAAUACCCUCUUCAAUUCUUUUUAUCCCUUUCCAAAUCCCACGAUCUUCCUUUUUAUCCCCUGAUAUCAAUCUUUGCCCCCUUAAACCAAUGAUAUCUCCACUCUCUUGAGGAGAACACUCAAAUCCUCUUUUUUC